AUGGAUAACUUGUUUGGUGAAAUAGAUUGUAGAUCAAAAUCAGAUGGAAUAGUGAUGGGAAUUUUAAGAUGUGCAAUGGACAAAGCACAUGAAAAGGUGCAGUGUGAAGCUGGAUCAAUUGAGUUUCUUCAUGAGAGAUCAAAAUUUUAUGAAUUAGCAGUAAUUCUUGUAGAAUCAGGCUUAAGUAUAAUUCAAGAAGAGACUGAUAUCCUUGAAAGUAACCGCGAAAAAGUCAUCUCAGACUUAACAGAAAUGAGGCAUUGGCUAUUUGGAAGAAUUGAGGUAAUGAAGCUCCUAAUCAAUGAGAAAGACAGAGAAUUAACAGAGAGAAUUGAAAAUGAAUUAAAGCUUAGAGAAAUUCUGAAAUCUAAAGAAAAAGAAGUCUUUUAUCUUCGUGAUAAGUUGGAGAACCAGAGAACAAUGAGUGAAGGUUCCCUAGAUUUGGAGUUACUAGUCAAGAAGAAUAAAGAAGAUGAAAUUAGCGACUCGAAAUCAGAUUCAGAACUUCUAAAUGAGGAAACAUUCCAAAAAGAUAGUAUCUUUUAUGGAAGUUACAAUCACAUUCCUAAAAUAAAGCCUAUGAUGAAGGAUUCGUUGUGCCCCGAACAGAACAACGUGAUUCAACAAAUGAGUUGUGAUAUAGACAUUUUAAAUGAAACUUUAGAUUUUGCAUUUGGUAGAAGGGAUAAUGGUGAGAUGGUUCCUAUAGAAAAGCAAUGGAAGUGUUCUAUUGAGAAAGAUACAUUAUCUAUCUUGAUAAAAGGCUUCAUUCAAGAUAUCAAACAUAGAUUCCAAGACACUUUAAAAGAAAACGUUGAGAUUGUUAUUUUUGAGAAAGACAUAUUAUAUGUCUUGUUAAGAGGUUUCAUUAGUGACUUUCAACAAGAGUUAGGUGAUCAAACUCCAAUUGAAUUUUCAAAUGAUAACUUGGAAGAAUUUAUCGGUGAGAUGACAAUUUUACGCGAGGAGCUAGAGGCUUUCUGUAAUAAAUAUGAAGAUAGAAAUAAAACUAUUAGCAAUCAAGAUUUACCACGUCCUUUGACAAAAAUACAACGAACAUGUAGCGAACCUUUACCAAGCAUUGAUCAAGAGGACUACCAAGAAGUUAGUGGAAAUAUUAAUGAUGUUGCUAAGUUGAUUAAGGAUCACGAGUCUGUUAUUAGAAAGCAAUUAGAAGAUCAAAAUCAUAUGAAAAAAGAGGUAUUUAGAGGGGAGAGAUCUGCAUUACACAAGAAAGAGAAGGAAGUUGAUUUCUUAAACGUAAUGGUAAAAAAUAUCAUCACAAGAUUAGAUGAUAUAAGCUCUCUGAGCCUUAAGUUAGUCGAUAAAAGUUAUGUGAAAUGUAAAGAGAAGUACAUUAUGAAAAAUAUAUCCAAGUCUACUAUAGGAGAUAAAGUGGUAACAAAUGAUUGUACUUGCGAAAUCAUAAGAGAUGAUGUGGGAGUACCAAAAGAAGAUACGGAGAAUUUAAAUUUGCAAGUACUAAUUUUGGAAGAGAUUUAUCUGAUAAUUUAUGAAGGUUUAUACAAGGAAAUGUUCAAGGCAUGGAAGGAUGAAAUAGAUGAUUUUUACAUGGAGGUCGAGAUAAGAGAAGAUUUUUAUAAGUUUAUGAUGGUUGAAGCGGUAAAAGAUGUUCAUACAAAAAUGUUAAACUAUUUGAAUCAUCCUUAUAAGAAGGUAGAAAUUGAUAGAAUUGAGGAAAUCAAGAUUGAAAAACUUGAUUCUACGUUAAAAUGUCUCGAGACAAAGGAAGAUCCGAUGGUGAAAGCAAGUUCAGAGAUAGAAGAACACAAUGAACAAGAAAUUUUAGGAUAUGAAGGGUUUGAGGAGUGUGAGACAAUUAAAUGGUUGUUGAAUGAUGAUGUGUGCACUUUCAGUUCUGUCAAUGAAAAACUAGAAAUUACGAUGAAACAACUAUCUACGUGCAAAGAAUUAUUAUUUGAUUUGGAGCAAAGUCUUGACGUUUCACCUGAUGUAUUAGACAUAAGUAGUGAUGAUUGUGCAUACACAAACAAUACUAGUCUUGUAGUUGAAACUAAAAAACCAUCACAAGAGUCUAUUGCAAAAAUAGACGACAACCAAAUUACACUUAUUAAUCCAUAUAAUGUUUUGAUCUCAGCCCAAUUAUUUGAUUUUCAUCAAAUGAUUCAAGAAUUUGAGAUCAAUGUUGUUCAAAAUCUAGAGAUGAAGUCACUGAGGAUAGAGGAAUUGAAACAUCAAUUUCACAACUUCAUUAUUGAACCAAUUGCCUUAAUGAAGAAAAAGAAAUUACUUUAUAAGAAAGCUUUCUUAGCAAGAUGUCAGAAUCUAAAAUUGGCUGAAACUGAGGUGGAUUUGCUAGGAAAUCAAGUGGAGGAACUUUUGCAUCUUCUUAAGAAUAUAUACAUUAUACUGGAUCAAAAUUCAACUAUUUUGUCUUGCCACUUUCAGUUGACUAGUGAAACGUUUGUGGAGGCCACUGAUUUCGAUCUCUACAUUCGCGAUCCUAUUGUUACAUUCGUGAAGGACAGGUCCCUUGACCCUGCAUUUGCAGGCCCUGACUCCACUUUUGCAGAGAAGGGUAUAAUUUAA